UGCAGGGCCGUGCUGCAGUGCGGCUCCAGGCAGCGGCCAUGGCUGGGAAGAUCACCAAAAUCCUGCUGGUGCUGGCCAUCCUCCAGUACAGGCUGAGGGUGGAUGCCCAGGCGACGCAGACCAGAGCAGGGGUUCUGAGUCUGCAUGAGGAGCAGCAGAGCCAGAUGAGUUGGCUGACCAGGGCUGGAAAGAUCACCAAAAUCCUGGUGCUGCUGGGCAUCCUCCAGUAUGCAGUGUGGAUGGAUAAUUCAUCAGUGAAGGUCACAGAAGAGCUCCUGAGGCAGCAUGAGAAGGAGCGCAUUGUGGAGAUGGCCCAGCUGCUGGUGAUGGAGAAGCAGCGUGGACUCACCCCGGGAAGAAUGCUCAUCCUGGCUUGCCAGGAGUGGUGGUUCUGGGUCGGUGCUGAAAUCCUCCUCCUGCUCUUUGGGAUCUACUGGCUGCCCAGGCAGAGCAGCUCUGACUGGGAUGAUGGCAGCCAGUGGGAAACCUCCACCAGUGCCCAGGAGCAGACAGAGGAGAAGGAGGAGGACCGUGAGGACAAUCCUGACACGCCAGAGAAGCCCCCAGAUAAGAGAUGGGCACCGUGGAGGAUCUUCUGUCGAGACAGCCCUGUGGCUGUGGAGAGCAGCGACCAGGAAGUGUGCUCUGCUACCUCUCCUCCCAGCUGAGGAGACAAACAAGAGUUCAGAUCCCUGCUUCCUGUGCAGCCCCUGCAAAUAGUCCCA